CACGAAGUUCACUCCAGGGUUUUGGUUUUUACAAAACACCCAGUCACAGGGCGAAGUGUAAACACGUUCAGCGGUGGUUUUUAUGGCAUUCCUGGGCUUUGGAAGUAAAGCGACGGGGAACAGGUUACUAAUAAAUAGCAGCUACUUUAUUAUUUUCCUAAAAGGCUUUGACUAAGUUCGGCCAACUGCCGAAAGUGGACUCUUUGAACGCACCCACAAACUGUGUCUCUGAAGCGAUAAGUGGGGAAUAUUCACAGUAUAUCCGUAUGAAGUUAGAGAUAGUGUGGCCACAGUAAAACAUAAUCGCGUGAGAAGCCAUAUGGACAAAAUAGGCUUGAGAGAAUUGAGAGAUUCCAGUCAUUUCAUUCAUAUGUUUCGCUUGUAGGCUAUAUGUUUGUUUGAGUCCGUGGCACUCGCUACAAGAUGUGGAAAUUGCUCUCUUCUGCUUUUGAAUGGCUGGACUUAAAGACUAUUUUGAUUUUUGUGUGUGUUUUCUUGGUAUUUGCCGACGUCCUGAAAAACAAAACUCCGAAAGACUUUCCUCCUGGACCUUGGUCAUGGCCUUUUGUUGGCAAUAUGUUCCUCUUCAGUCUUUCAAAGAUACAUCUUCAGUUUGAAGAGUGUGCAGACAAAUAUGGAAAGAUUUUCAGCGUUCGACUUCCUGUGGCGUACCAAAGCCCAAGAUGGGUUGUUCUAAGUGGAUACGAGAUGGUGACAGAGGCCUUGGUCCACAAUGGUGACAGUUUCGCUGAUCGACCCUCCAUUCCUUUAUUUGAAGAUUCAAAUCCCGGAGGACGUCGAGCUGUGGGAAGCGUAGGUGUGGUUAUGUCAAAUGGGUAUGCAUGGAAACAACAGAGGAGGUUUGCUCUCUCAACUCUGAGGAACUUUGGACUGGGCAAGAAGAGUCUGGAACCUUCCAUCCAGCUUGAAGCUCAGUGUUUGAAUGAAGCCUUUCAGGGUGAACAAGAAAAGCCCUUCAACCCCCAGAUGCUGAUAAACAACGCGGUCUCCAAUGUGAUCUGCUGUCUGGUGUUUGGUGACCGAUUUGAAUACAGUGAUGACCGUUUCCAGACCCUCCUGAAGACCAUCAAUGAGGUUGUGUAUUUGCAAGGCGGCUUUUGGGGCGGCAUGUACAACAUGAUGCCGUGGCUCAUGAGUUGGCUUCCUGGUCCCCACAGAAGAAUCUUCUCUGGCUGGAAGGAGAUCUUCUCAUUCAUCAGCACCAGAAUUCAGGAGCACGAGAAGGACAACGACCCGUCAUCCCCGAGAGACUACAUCGACUGUUUCCUCAACGAGAUAAAGAAGUGGGAAGAUGACAGCAGUGCCGGGUUUAACCUGCAGAACCUGAGCUCCUGCGCUCUGGAUCUGUUUGUGGCUGGAACUGAGACCACUUUUACAACCAUCUACUGGGGCCUCCUGUUUAUGAUCAUCCACCCGGAGAUACAAGCCACGGUGCAGGCAGAGAUUGAUGCCGUGGUCGGUUCGUCGCGGCAGCCCUCCAUGGAGGACAGGGACAGAAUGCCGUACACCAAUGCAGUCCUCCAUGAGAUACAGAGGAAGGGAAACAUCAUACCGCUCAAUUUAACCCGCAUGGCCACUAAAGACACCAGGGUUGGAGGAUUCACCAUCCCUAAGUACACCAUGGUGCUUGGAACCCUCCAGUCUGUCCUGUUCGAUGAGACACAGUGGGAGACCCCUCACACCUUCAACCCUGGGCACUUCCUGGAUCAGGACGGAAAGUUCAGGAACAGAGACGCAUUCCUUCCAUUCUCUUUAGGUAAGAGGGUUUGUCCAGGGGAGCAGCUGGCCAAGAUGGAACUGUUCCUGUUCUUCACCUCUAUGCUGCAGAGGUUCACCUUCUCCUCUCCCCAGGGGGUGGAACCCAGCCUGGAUUUUCAGAUGGGGAUAACUCGCAGUCCCAAGCCCUACCAGCUGUGUGCAACACCUCGUUGAAUCUGCCCGGGCACAUACCAUGUUAAAUGGAGUCCUGCAACACACCAUUGCCGCAAUCCAGUAGUCAAGACCCAAUCUUUGGAAAACCGAACAAAAUGGGCUCCUGGGUCCUUAGACGUUUUGGUCUGACUUUGGAAUAUUAUCAACUCUGUUCCAAUUUCUUUUGGAAGAUGGUGCUAACCUUAGUAUUGAGACAUUGGGUCAUAAGUACAUAUGUGUAUAUAUAUUAAGGUGUAAUAGCAGCCAUGAUUAUUAGGAACCUAAAAAUACCCCAAAUCAAAAACAUGUUUUUAGAAUUGUUUUGCCAAUUUAUUGAAAUUAAAAAGUACCAGUCAAACUUUUGGAUACACCUACCCAUUCAAUGGCAUUUCUUUAUUUCUAUUAUUUUCCACAAGGUAGAAUAAUAGUGAAGAAAGGAAAACAAUUACCAUUAUAACACACUUUUAGGCUAAAUCAUCACAAAUCAAAAGGGAAUAUCUGAAACCGGUCCUCAUAUCAUCACAAAUCUGUGAUGUCUAAUUCUAAAAACAUUGUAAUGUCACUGCAAACACCACAAGUAGCCAUAAGUACCAUAUUUUGUGAUUUUAACCUUGGGUGGUUUCUGCAAGAGGGCUUUGUACAUGUGCCAAUAGAUAAAUUGCAGGCAAUAUCCUCAGUUGGAAGAAGAAGCAUGUUAACAAUUUAAAUUGGAUCAGUGGCAGGUCAGGAAAUAAGUUAAUCUGAAAUCUUAAUGCGGGUUAAUUUCUUACUACCACCACUGCCUUCAAGCUCAUUUAAGAAGCAUUACACCUAUACACCUGCACUCUUAGCCUAAAGUCAAAGUCAUCAGCAGCCAAUACUAAUCAAUGAGCACAAUUGUCUGAGAUGCAAAACAGGCAGAUUCACAUGGCUUACCUGUAUGGAUGGAGUUGAGUUGCAUCAAAUGCAAUCAUCCUUUGGCAGAGUGCUUCCCAACACACCCUUUUUCCUCAAAUAUCCUUGAUAAAUUCCAUAUAAUGUUUUAUCUCGAAGGCAGCAUAGUGUUACAGCUAUAUAACAAAUAUUUGCCUAAUCUUCUUUUCUGAACAACAAUUCCAGAGUUGUUCAGUGCAACUCUUCCUGGCAUUGUUCCGUGCAUUUGACAAAUAAACCUUGAAACUUGAAAAAAACGUGUCGCCUAUGAUCAUUCUAAAAUGCGUUGAUAGUAGAUACCGUAAAUAUUAUUAUCGUAGAUAAACUGUACUCUGUUUUACCAGCAACCCUACCAACCAAAUUCAAACUAGCGCUUCAUCGGUCAAUAAUCAGCGCGCCCACCUUCGCUUGCACGAUGAUCACACGCAACUGAGUCGCACAAUUGUUAUUUUCAUUCAAAACAUUUAAAAACAAGAUCAAGUAUGCAAUGUGUCAUAAUUAUUUCU